UGUAAUUACAUAAUUGGACAUAGAGUGAGAUAACAUGGAUGAAAAACAAAGUACACACAAACUUCGCUUCACGUGCCAGAAUAAAAAUCGAGAGUGCAAAUCUUAGAAGAAUAUGAAUCAGUUGUAAUGAUCUCAUAAUAGUGGGAAUUUAUAGUAUAUAUAAGCUUGGUUAAUUUGUCUUAUUUCCAUUAAUCAGCCUUGGUUCACACUGACCAUACAUGUCUUAGAAUCGUUCUUAUUACGAUAUUGAAAGGUGCCAAGAAAAACUUUGAGAUUUUGAAGAUGUUCGCUGCAGUGUUUGCAUUUGCGCUUGCGACAGCAUAUGCAACUGAAAUACCCUCCUACAUUAACGUGUGUGGCCGCAGAGAUCCAAAUCUCAAUAAAUGCGUCGCAGACAAUAUAAAAAAUUUGCAAGGAAGGAUAUGCAAAGGACUUACGGAAAUGAACCUUCCACCGAUUGAACCGCUCAAUAUUGACAGAUUAGUCAUUUCCGAGACUGUCAACAACAAAAUAUAUUUAAAUGAUGUACAAAUAACGGGACUUUGUAAUUACAUUGUAAAAUCUGUAGAUGUAGAUAUCGACAAGCUUAAUUUCAAUUUUGAAGUUUCAUUGAAUCGGCUUUACUUGAAUGGCACGUAUGAUAUCAACGUACGUAUACUCGUGCCCAUUGCUCAUAAUGCACCUAUUUAUAUUACUGCAGAUAACAUAAACUCAAAGAUAGCCUUACAAGCGGAAAUGACAACUUAUAAGGACAAAAAACAUAUGUAUAUAUCAGAAGUAAAGAUGUCCACCGAUAUUAAAAAAUAUGACGCUCAAUACGGUUUGAAGGAAAAUGAAAUAAGUCAAUUGGGCCAAAUUCUUGGCGGUCUCAUAGGCAGCAAUCAAGAAGAAUUUAUUCAAAGAUUGACGCCGCCAUUAGACGAGGAAAUCUCCAAAUGGCUUCUUAAAAUUGUCAACAACAUAAUGAAAAUGUACUCUUACGACGAACUUUUUCCGGACCGAACUUAAAGAAUCUAAGAGUUCUUUAAGUUACAUCGUUAUAAAAUAUUCAUUGCAAAAUAAAAGUAAAAAAAUUGCAAUAUUAUAUUCUAUUAUAUAUACACAUGCAUGUGUAGAUUAUUCUUUUACACGAAAUAAAUACGUUGUUAUAAGCUAAUUCUCACAACACAACAUUAAA